ACUGGGAACGCUGAGUUGUUAAGAUGGCACCGAAUGCAGCAGAGCUGAAAGUGAAACCCGCAUCGGAUUCGACCGGCAUUAAUGCCAUACUGCUGGGACCUCCCGGUUCCGGAAAAGGAACACAGGCGCCACUAUUAAAGGAAAAAUAUUGCGUAUGUCACCUUUCGACCGGGGAUAUGCUUCGAGCAGAAAUAGCGUCCGGUUCGAAGCUGGGCGCGCAGCUCAAAAAGGUGAUGGAUGAGGGCAAGUUGGUAUCCGAUGAGCUAGUGGUGGAUAUGAUCGAUUCCAACCUGGACAAGCCGGAAUGUCGCAAUGGUUUUCUGUUGGACGGUUUCCCACGUACGGUAGUACAGGCGGAGAAAUUGGAUAAUCUGCUUGAAAAACGCAACACCGGCCUGGACGCAGUAAUUGAGUUCGGCAUCGAUGAUAGUCUGCUGGUGCGUCGUAUUACCGGACGCCUGAUCCAUCAGGCAAGCGGACGGUCUUACCAUGAGGAAUUUGCGCCACCCAAGGUGCCUAUGCGCGACGACGAAACGGGAGAGCCUUUGAUGCGCCGCAGUGAUGACAACGCGCAGGCACUGGUGAAACGUCUUGAAUCGUAUCACCGACAAACCAAGCCUCUGGCCGAUUACUAUGCGUUGCGAGGAUUGCAUUUCCGCGUGGAUGCCGCAAAAAGUGCAUCUGACGUGUUUGCUAAUAUCGACAGCAUCUUUACCAAACAGCGUGCUCAUCGAUUAGGAUUCUAAUGAUUCCCAGACCGGUAUCUCCUUCAUACCACAUUCGACUGGAAACACACGACAACGGAUAAUGACACCCGGAUAACGCAACCAGCUAACUACCUGUGACUUCUUUUUACGUUACUUUUAAAUUAACCACACGUGCGUCACUGAUCGACGUGCGCUCGGCAUUUCCCACCAUUGUGUCCCAAUCCUAUAUCUGCAACACUGGUAGUAAGAAUUUAAAGUUGUUCAAAAAUAAGCAAAUAAAAAGUGGAUCAUUUUGGAAUCUUGUUGCUGAUGGUUGUACAGUAAUGCGAAAA